UAUAUAUAUAUGCUCUAUGUUCUAUGCUCAUAUAUAUAUUACACACAUAUAUAUAUAUAGGUAGCCUCAUUGAUCACUACCACCACACAGAUUAUCAGCCUCUUAAAUGUUUGAGUAACAAGAAGACAAACGCUGUUCCAGCUGUGACCGGUCUCCGUUCUCCCGGACUCCCCGGUCUGGUCUCGCGGGAACGCAAGUCCGUUCUCGCCGUCUGAUAUUGAUCGAACGAUCAUCGAUCACCAAUGAACUCCGUCGGGAGACCACGGCGCCAUGCUGCUCUGUUUACACCCGCUGCGCAUGCGCAGGACUGGGUUCCCGGAGCGGUUGAGUUCACACGCUGUGUCUUGGAGGACCUUCUCAGUCUGUUGAUGAGCUCAGGAUUGGAGGCACCUGUGCAGCUCUCAGUGUGGACCCAGAAGGUUCCGGAUCAGGUCCUGUCUCCAAAAUACAGUCCGAUGGUGCUUUUCUCAUGGACGAGUCGGCACUGGAACGUUACUUCGAUGACUCCAUUGCAAAUGAAUCUGACUUUCUUCUGGGGGAGGAGCUGGACCUUCAGAGCCCGCCCCCCCCGGGGAAGGGUCCCGCCCCCUCAAGGGGCGUGCAGGUGGCUGAGGAGCUCGACCUCAGCUUCCUACCUGAUGAACUCAGUUCACGGGAUGAGCAGAGUCGCCACGACAACACAGCUGACAGUCAGAUCGUCCCUCUGGACGUGUCUCAGGACAGCGGCAUCAGUGGAGACUACAACUCCCAAGAUGCCACAGCAGAGUCCGAACAGGGGCCGUCCAUGUCCGGACCGGGGACCGGCGUCUCCCCCUUCUACCCCAUGACCCCAAUGACCCCCAUGACCCCUAUGACUCCUGUGACAGAGAAGUCAGGAAUCAUCCCCCAGCUACAGAACAUCGUCUCCACAGUGAACCUCGGCUGUCCUUUGGAUCUUAAGUUCAUCGCCCUCCAGGCCAGAAACGCAGAGUACAACCCGAAGCGUUUUGCAGCUGUCAUAAUGAGGAUCAGAGAACCACGAACCACCACACUGAUCUUCAGCUCCGGGAAGAUGGUCUGUACAGGAGCCAAGAGUGAGGAUCAGUCUCGACUGGCGGCCAGGAAGUACGCUCGAGUGGUUCAGAAACUCGGGUUCCCCGCCCGCUUCAUGGACUUUAAGAUCCAGAACAUGGUAGCCAGCUGUGACGUGUGCUUCCCCAUCAGGCUGGAGGGACUGGUUCUGACCCACCGGCAGUUCAGCAGCUAUGAACCGGAGCUGUUUCCAGGCCUCAUCUAUCGAAUGGUGAAGCCCCGAAUCGUCCUGCUCAUCUUCGUGUCGGGGAAAGUGGUUCUGACUGGAGCCAAAGAGCGAGAGGAGAUCUACGAGGCGUUUGAAAACAUUUACCCGAUCCUGAGAGGCUUCAGGAAACAGUGACAUCACUUCCUGUUUAUCUGUUGGAUGGUGAACGUUGGUGAGCCGCCAUUGUCAGGUCUCUCAGAGAUGUUCUGAAGCCACUCGUUGACAUUGUGGAACCUUCUCCCGUCUCCCUACUGCGUCUCUGGAGCUCAGCCACAGUGAUCUUUGGGUUCUUCUUCACCGCUCCACCUCACCAAGGCUCUUCUCCCACGAUUGCUCAGUUUGACUGGACGUCUCAGGUCUAGGAAGAGUUCUUCUUCCAUUUAAGGGUCAUGGAGGCCACUGUUCUGAGGAACCUUGAGUGCUGCAGAAAUUCUUUUGUUACCUUGGGCAGAUCUGUGCUGUGCCACGAUUCUGUCUGAGCUCCUUGGACAGUUCCUUCCAUCAGAAGUUCUCAGUUAGAGUCUGACAGACGUCUCUCAGUGGAUCCGCCCACCAUCUGAAAAUCAACCCAGACAAACUGAACU